AUGUUACACCUCAUAUCAAGAGCUAUUCUAGCCAGUCGAAUUGAAACAGUUGAUGAAAUCAAUCAAUCUGUUUUGGAAUCAAUUCCAGGAGAAAAUAAAGAAUACCUAAGCUCUGACUGCAUAGAUACCUCUGAGCCAAUAGAAGUUGAAGCAUACGAUGGUAUUACACCAGAAUUUCUAAAUUCUUUAAGAACAUCUGGACUACCAAGCCAUAGUAUCAAGCUAAAGGUUGGUGCUCCAAUUAUGCUUUUAAGAAAUUUGGAUCAAUCUCAAGGUUUGUGUAAUGGUAGCCGAUUAAUAGUGACUAAACUUGCAAACCAUGUAAUCAGUGCAAAGAUUAUUACUGGAAAAUCAAAAGGGACACAAAUUUACAUUCCACGUAUGUCCAAGUCACUAUCCCAGUCCCCUUGGCCAUUCAAGCUGAUUAGAAGACAAUUCCCAAUCAUGUUGUCUUAUGCUAUGACCAUUAACAAAUCUCAAGGACAAUCUUUAGAUUGUGUUAGGCUGUAUUUGCCAACACCCGUUUUUAGUCAUGGUCAAUUAUAUGUUGCAGCUUCUAGAGUUAAAAGCAAGUCCGGAUUAAAGAUUUUAGUCCAUGACAAUGAAAACAAACCUUUGACUACUACCACAAAUGUAGUUUUCAAAGAAGUUUUUAACAAUGUAUGA